AUGGCCCCAACUGGGAAAAGGGGAAGCAGGCACUGGAGAGGCCAAUCGCAGUCCAACCCACCGCCGGAAAAGUACGAUUUCAUCGUCCGGCCGGUGAUCGACGGGGAAAUUGUUGAAUUCUUCGUGUUGAAGAGGCCAUUCAUGGAUGAAUUUCUGGAAUCCCUGAGCAAGAAAUUUGAGAUUGUGGUGUUCAUAGUCGGGAUAAAGGAAUAUGCAUCUCUGGUUUUGGAUAGGUUGGACAAAAAGGCAUUGAUUUCACACAGAUUAUACAGAGAUUCUUGCAAGGAAGUGGACGGCAGAUUUGUGAAAGACUUAUUGGAGUUAGGGCGUGAUAUGAAGAGCGUUGUGAUUGUCGACGAUAAUCCGAAUUCAUACAUUUUCCAGCCUAGAAAUGCGAUCCCAAUCAGGGCCUUUACAAAUGAUAUGGAGGAUGGGGAGCUCAAGAGGCUAAUGGAGUUCUUUGAUGGGUGUGAUGGGGUUGAAGAUAUGAGAGAUGCAGUGAAUGGUUUUCAAGCAGAAGAGGAAUUCAAGGAUGUGGAAAUAUAGGUUUUUGUUCCAUUGUAUUCUUUGUUUUGCAGUUUUCCAGUUUAGAUUUUGCUUGUUUGUUUUCUACUUCAUCUCUGGAGAUAGUAUUCAAUUGUUAAAUGUUGAAUGGAUUGGUGUUCAACCUCACAUGGCAAAGGAAAUUGGAAUAGUGAUGAUAUAGUUUUGGAAAUUUCUAUCAAAUUCCACUCUUUCAAGUUUAAA